AUGAAAGUCAUUCAAUUCGUCGUUGUUUUUCUGGUGUUACGUUACCAGAGGUCGUCGGCAGAUGACAAUGUCUACGGUGUCAGCAACGAUGACUACGGGCGACAGUUUGAUGGCAUAGGGUCUAUUAGUGGCGGUGGGGCGACAUCACGACUCCUGGUUAAUUAUCCAGAAAAACAAAGGAAUGAAAUUCUUGACUUCUUGUUUAAGCCCAACUUUGGAGCCUCUUUGCACAUCUUCAAAGUUGAAAUCGGUGGAGACGCCCAGAGCUCCGAUGGCGGCGAAGCUUCUCACAUGCACGAGCGUUGGGAUGAGAAUUACCAGAGAGGUUACGAAUGGUGGCUAAUGACGGAGGCCAAAAAGAGAAACCCGGACAUCUUACUCUACGGCUUACCCUGGGCAUUCCCGGCCUGGGUUGGUAAUGGCACCUACAACGCGUUUGCUGAUCCGGAAGUCACUGCUGAUUACGUCAUCAGAUGGAUUACGGCUGCGCAGACGUACUAUAAUCUCAAUCUUGACUUCAUUGGAAUUUGGAAUGAGCGUAAUUACAGUUCAACUUACAUUAAGAUUUUACGAAAGAUGAUGGAUUCCCGAGGGUUAGAGCACAUAAGAAUUUGUGCACCUGAUCAACACGGGUGGGACAUCGCUGAGAACCUGGUGACUGACGCGCAGUUGGAGGCAGCCGUGGAUUUCAUUGGGACUCAUUACCCGGCUUCUUUGUCCGACCAAGCGGCUGUGAAUAUUGGUAAACAACUGUGGGCAUCUGAAGAUCACGGAUUUGCAGGGCUUGCAUCCAGCCCCCAGGGAGCCUGUAGAGCCAGGAUGCUGAAUCUGAACUAUGUAAAUGGGCUCAUGACAGCAACAAUCUCGUGGAAUCUCAUAUCGUCAUAUUACGUGGGCCUGCCUCAUUCCGGAAGUGGUUUAAUGACCGCGCUAGAGCCCUGGAGUGGACAUUACACAGUGGAUGCUGCUAUAUGGGUGUCAGCCCACACCACCCAGUUCACGUCCCCAGGGUGGCAUUACCUGCCGCACGGAAGAGGAGUAGGAAAGCUGACACGUGGCGGCAGUUAUGUGUCUCUAACUGAUACGAGCACUGGAGAUCUUACUAUCGUCAUUGAAACCAUGAGUUUUCAUCCAGAAGAAUCCACGGAUUGUAUCCAGUCACCUUUUGCAUCUGGACCCCAAAACGCCAGCUUUAAAUUCUCAGGGGUAUUUACGCGCAUAGAGAGUCUACAGGUGUGGUACACCAAGCUGGGAUUCAACGGUAACGAUAGUAUAUAUUUUCAACAGAUUGCGCCCAUUCAGGUGGUUAAUGACACGGUGACGCUGUCUCUGUGCGUGGAUGAGAUAUACACACUAACCACGGUAUCUAGUGGACAAAAAGGCACAGCGACCAACCCUCCGCCCUCCAAGCCCUUCCCUCUGCCCUAUAAGGAGGACUUUGAAGAGUACCGUCCCCACGACGAGCCCAAUAACCUGGCCCAGCAAGUGGGUGUGUGGGAGAUAACGGAGGUAGGGGCACCUCACGGGCAGGUAGCCCGACAGAUGGUCCUGCAACAUCCCGUGUACUGGUGCUGGGGGCGAGGUGGACACCCGGACAACAACACUGUUAAUGUCAUCGGAAACUUCAACUGGACGGACAUUUAUGUUGAGGUGGAGGCCCGGGUCGGGGCUGUAAACGGCACUGACGGAGUGUUCGUGGCCGCUCGGAUUGACAGAGGAGGAUGUGUGGCGAGUAAAGCUCUGGGCAUUUUCUUCAUUGUGUUCCCUAAAGAACAACGAUAUGAGCUGACGAAUGAUUUAGCGAGACACAAGGUCCUGAAGAGUGGCCUAGCAUCCACAAAUACUGACUGGAACACCAUUUCUCUGCUGGUUCAGAACGAUGUAGCAGUUGGAACUUUGAACGGAGACCAGUUAUUUAACGCGUCUAUCCCAGCCCAGCCAUCUAAUGGUUUUGUGGGACUGGGGACUAUUCCCUACGGCCUAGCGGAUUUUGACAAUUUAUUUAUCUCCAACAGUUCAGAUGGAUUACAUCGCAUUCAAAUGAAUGACAGCAGAGACAAAACAUUGCACUUUGAACCUGGGUUGGUAGACUAG